AUGGCUUCUCAGUCUUUUGUUCUUGUUUUUGCUCUGAUCUUCGUCGCCGCCGUCGCCGGAGUUUUUGCCGAGGCACCCACCGCCUCCCCAUCGGAAUCCCCCGCGCCGAAAUCCGCGCCUUCUGACUCCGAAGAGUCUUCUCCAUCUUCCUCUCCGGCUUCCUCUCCAGCGGAUACUCCGGCCGACACUCCGGCGGAUACCCCGGCGGAUACGCCGGCAGAUACUCCGGCGGAUACACCGGCAGAUACUCCGGCGGAUACACCGGCAGAUACUCCGGCAGAUACUCCGGCAGAUACGCCGGCAGAUACUCCGGCAGAUACUCCGGCGGAGACACCGUCGGACGCUCCGGCGGCCUCAUCUGAGUCGUCGCCAUCCCCGUCAGCCUCUGCUCCGACUUCGCCCUCCGAGGCUCCGGCGAGCAACUCCCCCGACAGCUCCCCGGAUUCCUCCCCUUCCGUUUCUCCUUCUCCGGCCACCGACUCCCCAGCUGCGUCUCCCGCCGACUCCGGCUCCCCCGCUGCCUCGCCUGAUUCUGAUUCGUCUUCUCCCCCCUCUCCCACCCCCGACGCCGCCGAUAGCCCCGUUGCUGAUGGCCCUUCGGAGGCUGAUGGCCCUUCGGAGGCUGAUGGCCCCAUCUCUGAUUCUCCGGCUGAUUCGCCCGACGGUGAUGCCGACAGCGGCACUUCUGCUCUGAAACUCACCUCCGCCGCCGUCUGUGGUGCCGUCGCCGUCGCCGUCGCCGGACUCUUCGCAUUCUGA